GCCAAUGGUAAUGCAACUUUUGUGUUUCCUAGACAACUCUAGUUUUCAAAUUUUACCUAAGAGUUUGUCAAUUUGGUUUAAAACCAGUCUCUAAACUUGAUUUACCCACAAAUAUUGGCAGAUCCAAACAUUAACCAUCUACCAUUCCUCAUCAACAUUUUAACCUGUGUUUUAAAACUCAACAGCCAUGGAGAAAGCUAACAAGCCAUUCAAGAUAUUGAUAACAGCAAUGUUCGAUUUUGGUCAUCUCAGCUCGUGUCUAGGAAUUGGUUACUUUUUGGUUAAACGUGGUCAUGAAGUGUAUCUCGCUCAUUUCCCAAAGUACAAGUCAAUCAUUGAAAGACAAGGAAUGCAAUUUAUUUCACUUUAUGACUAUGCCGAUGAAGGUGCAGAGUUGAGCGACGCUGUUCCUCGAAAUUCAGUCAACUUUAAACCUCGUUUUGAGCGGUCAUUGAAAAUGGGUCCUUUUGAGUCUCUCAAAGAGCAGCUUGCAACUGGUGCUAUCAAUACUGGUUUCAUUAAAAUACUUGACAACUACAUAACUGAAAAUGAUAUUAUGCACAAAAUUGUUGAUCAACUAAAGCCACACAUUUGUCUCGUUGAUUACCUUUACCCUUUACCUUGGAUGUACUUAGUUGACUGUCCAGUUGUGCCAAUCAAGUCAACCAACCCAGUUGGGCCUUUACAGUCGUGGUCCACCACCAAACUCUGGAUUUUCGUUACGAAUCAACAAGCACUGGGACCGAGUUUAAAGAUAUCAUACGAGUAA